AUGAGUCGGGGUCUGGUGAAUGGUCUACUAUCCAUAUGUAUAUCUAGUGUACAUAAUGAGUCAGGGUCUGGUGAAUGGUCUACCAUCAUGUGUAUAUCUAGUGUACAUAAUGAGUCAGGGUCUGGUGAAUGGUCUACCAUCAUGUGUAUAUCUAGUGUACAUAAUGAGUCAGGGUCUGGUGAAUGGUCUACCAUCAUGUGUAUAUCUAGUGUACAUAAUGAGUCAGGGUCUGGUGAAUGGUCUACCAUCAUGUGUAUAUCUAGUGUACAUAAUGAGUCAGGGUCUGGUGAAUGGUCUACCAUCAUGUGUAUAUCUAGUGUACAUAAUGAGUCAGGGUCUGGUGAAUGGUCUACCAUCAUGUGUAUAUCUAGUGUACAUAAUGAGUCAGGGUCUGGUGAAUGGUCUACCAUCAUGUGUAUAUCUAGUGUACAUAAUGAGUCAGGGUCUGGUGAAUGGUCUACCAUCAUGUGUAUAUCUAGUGUACAUAAUGAGUCAGGGUCUGGUGAAUGGUCUACCAUCAUGUGUAUAUCUAGUGUACAUAAUGAGUCAGGGUCUGGUGAAUGGUCUACCAUCAUGUGUAUAUCUAGUGUACAUAAUGAGUCAGGGUCUGGUGAAUGGUCUACCAUCAUGUGUAUAUCUAGUGUACAUAAUGAGUCAGGGUCUGGUGAAUGGUCUACCAUCAUGUGUAUAUCUAGUGUACAUAAUGAGUCAGGGUCUGGUGAAUGGUCUACCAUCAUGUGUAUAUCUAGUGUACAUAAUGAGUCAGGGUCUGGUGAAUGGUCUACCAUCAUGUGUAUAUCUAGUGUACAUAAUGAGUCAGGGUCUGGUGAAUGGUCUACCAUCAUGUGUAUAUCUAGUGUACAUAAUGAGUCAGGGUCUGGUGAAUGGUCUACCAUCAUGUGUAUAUCUAGUGUACAUAAUGAGUCAGGGUCUGGUGAAUGGUCUACCAUCAUGUGUAUAUCUAGUGUACAUAAUGAGUCAGGGUCUGGUGAAUGGUCUACCAUCAUGUGUAUAUCUAGUGUACAUAAUGAGUCAGGGUCUGGUGAAUGGUCUACCAUCAUGUGUAUAUCUAGUGUACAUAAUGAGUCAGGGUCUGGUGAAUGGUCUACCAUCAUGUGUAUAUCUAGUGUACAUAAUGAGUCAGGGUCUGGUGAAUGGUCUACCAUCAUGUGUAUAUCUAGUGUACAUAAUGAGUCAGGGUCUGGUGAAUGGUCUACCAUCAUGUGUAUAUCUAGUGUACAUAAUGAGUCAGGGUCUGGUGAAUGGUCUACCAUCAUGUGUAUAUCUAGUGUACAUAAUGAGUCAGGGUCUGGUGAAUGGUCUACCAUCAUGUGUAUAUCUAGUGUACAUAAUGAGUCAGGGUCUGGUGAAUGGUCUACCAUCAUGUGUAUAUCUAGUGUACAUAAUGAGUCAGGGUCUGGUGAAUGGUCUACCAUCAUGUGUAUAUCUAGUGUACAUAAUGAGUCAGGGUCUGGUGAAUGGUCUACCAUCAUGUGUAUAUCUAGUGUACAUAAUGAGUCAGGGUCUGGUGAAUGGUCUACCAUCAUGUGUAUAUCUAGUGUACAUAAUGAGUCAGGGUCUGGUGAAUGGUCUACCAUCAUGUGUAUAUCUAGUGUACAUAAUGAGUCAGGGUCUGGUGAAUGGUCUACCAUCAUGUGUAUAUCUAGUGUACAUAAUGAGUCAGGGUCUGGUGAAUGGUCUACCAUCAUGUGUAUAUCUAGUGUACAUAAUGAGUCAGGGUCUGGUGAAUGGUCUACCAUCAUGUGUAUAUCUAGUGUACAUAAUGAGUCAGGGUCUGGUGAAUGGUCUACCAUCAUGUGUAUAUCUAGUGUACAUAAUGAGUCAGGGUCUGGUGAAUGGUCUACCAUCAUGUGUAUAUCUAGUGUACAUAAUGAGUCAGGGUCUGGUGAAUGGUCUACCAUCAUGUGUAUAUCUAGUGUACAUAAUGAGUCAGGGUCUGGUGAAUGGUCUACUAUCCAUAUGUAUAUCUAG